ACGAUGACCGGGCCAGUGACUUUGUGUAAGGUGCUUGUCAAACAGGUUAACAUUUUUCGCGCCAAAAAUCAUACGCUAUUCGUUUGCCUUCGAACCGCAUCGAUUACCAUACGCGAUACACAAUUUAAUUUAACAAUGCCUGAGCAAAAGUGUGUGCUAAAGUUCGCAAAAUUAUCCGAAUAUGCUUUUGCACCGACGAAAGGUUCUGCCAAAGCAGCCGGUUAUGACCUGCGAAGUGCAUAUGAUUAUACCGUGCCCAGUCGUGGCAAGCAGCUUGUGAUGACCGAUAUUCAGGUUCAUGUGCCGGAAGGUUGCUAUGGCCGAGUUGCUCCUCGUUCUGGGUUGGCUGUGAAGAAUUUCAUCGAUGUGGGAGCCGGCGUCGUUGAUGAGGACUACCGCGGUAACGUCGGUGUAGUGCUGUUCAAUCACUCGGAAGUAGACUUCGAAGUCAAGAAAGGUGAUCGUAUCGCACAGUUCAUUUGCGAGAAAAUAGCGUAUCCAGAUUUGGAAGAGCUUCCGACGCUUACGGACACAGAACGAGGUGCAGGAGGUUUUGGAUCUACCGGUACGAAUUAAACCGGAUUAAAAUAUUUUUUCUUUUCAUUCCACAUUUCCAUUUGUUAAUAAAAUAAGAAAAAAGCCAA